GAGGGAGCAGCUAUGAAGCUCUCCAUCCAUCCAUGUAGAAUAAGAAGGGGUAACGAAUUGCUUUUAAUAAAAGUUUUGUUCCUUUUGGGUUCUAUUUUCAGUUAACGGGGGGCAGGUCUUGCGCUAAACCCUCCGGAAGGCCAAAACCCUUCCCCCGGCCACCGUCGCCCCACAACGAUGGCCAGGAAGAAGGCAGCGACGGAGGAGAAGCGGAACCGGAGGCCCAGGGAGAGGCCGAGGAAGCUGACGAGGCAGGGGAUUAACCUGAAGCAAGACGAGGCGGCGGCGCUGCUCUCCUCCGUCGCCAACUGCAUCGUCUCCGUCCACCGGUUCUUCUCCGAGAACGAUCUCUACCUGCUGCCCUCCCAGACGGCCUCUCUGCACUCCUCCCUCCGCUCCAGCGUCGUCCUCGUCGCCCACCUCCAUUCCCUCUUCUCCUUACCCGAUCGCCUCUCCGUCCCGCGCCUCCCCAGCCCCAACCCCAAGCGCACCUGCUGGUUCCAUCGCUUCUCCUUCUCUGCCUCCUCCUCCUGCGAUUCCCGCUGGUCGGAUUUCUUCCACAUGCCCAAGCCCGUCUUCGACCGCCUCCUCCUCACCAUCGACCCCGCUCUCAGCUCUCCUCUAGCUGUUGCCGGCGCCUCCGGCUCAUGCUCCAGGGAAGUCCCUUCUGAUUACAAGCUUGGCGCUGCGAUCUUCCGCCUCGCGCACGCGGCCCCCUUCCCCGUCAUCGGCAAGCUGUUCGGCUUUGACCAGGAGACUGCGUGCGCCUCGUUCUAUCAGGUAUGCAAGGCCCUGCACGCCCGCCUUGGGCAUAUCUUUGAGUUCUCGUCGUCCUUCCUGCCGGACGUGAUCCAUGGCUUCUCGUCGGCGAUCGGGCUUCCGAACUGUUGCGGCGCUCUAGGGUUCCGGAAGUUUGUGGCUGAGAGGGAUGCGUCCGAGGAGGGAUCCGACCUAGAGAAUGGGGUGACUAUGAUGGGGUUGGUCGAUUCGGAGGGGAGGUUUAUGGACGUUUCAGUGGGGUGGCCAAGCUCGAUGCCACCGUCGAAGAUUUUGCCCAACACCCAUUUGUAUUUAGAGGGGAAGGAAGCGAUCGGUGGUCCUUCUUUUGAGCUUGCUAAUGGCUUCCCCAUGCCAGUCUAUGUGUUGGGAGAUUCUUGUUGCCCGAACCUACCGUGGUUGAUGACGCCCUACUCUCAAUCGAAUCCAGGAGAUAAAGAUAAGCAGGCGGCAUACAAUUCGCUUCAUGAGCGAGGUAUGAAGGUGGUGGAAAUGGCGCUCGGGAGGGUACAGUCUUUGUGGAAACUCCUUGCUGUGAGGCCGAAAACUGGUACUUUGGGGUCCUUGCCGGUUAUCGUCACCUCGGCCUGCAUUUUGUAUAACUUUCUAAUGAAAUGUGGAGAGACCAUGCCUGGGGAGGUGGAUGAUUGCCUUGACAAGACGUUCCCCGAUUUUCAUGGCAGAAAUGAGGAUGCAGAGGGAGCUCGAGAUGCGCUUGCUUCGCAUAUUAUGGAAUUGAAGCAAGUUACACAGUGAUUGAUGACAUGAUGAAAUCAAGUGAUUCCUCGUUUUUCUCAGUGGCACUGUAUUUUUCUAACCAUGGUUAACUCUCUUACAUUCAGAGUAGGAGUGAAAUAUUUACAGUCUUGUAAAUAGGUGCACGAAAAUAAAAAUCAGGUCUUUUUGUUCUCUAGCUAUGUUAGUUUUGUUUGGGGACAAUUAGAAGCUGAAAUUGCAGGCUCAAAUUGUAUGAAAACAUCUUGCUCCUUUGCUCAUUUUCCACGGGAGCAAAUUGAAAAGUUUUAUGGGCCCUCA